CACUAUGUGGAUACUGUUUUUAGAAUUGAUUUAGAUUAAGUGUUAGUUAGUAUAAUUUGUAUUUUAGUAUCUAUCUAUCUAUCUAUCUAUCUAUCUUAUCUGCACAUACAAUGCUGAACUAGGCCAAUAGGGAGCCGUUAUCUGGUGUGGUGUGUCCCUGUGUCUUAUGAUGGAGAGAGCAAAGUCCACUGUGUUUAGUCCUACACACAGAUUUAUAGGGAUGACCAGGUGGUGCUGUUGGUGGACACUGCAUCCUCAGUUGUUCAGUUGUUUGUUAAUAAUGUUUGUACAAGAAACACAUGAUUGGAUAACGUCUGGUGAGUCAGCAAAGAUGUCAUCAUUUGUUCUUAGCUCCCCGAUCAGCAUGACAAGUUAAGUUUUUGAUUUUAAAUAGGAUUUUAUAUCAAAAAUAGGUAUUUUAACAACAUAAAUGAUUCAAGUUUCAACAGUUCGGGACAUAAUCAGAAUCACAUGGCCCAGAAUUGUAACAGUUUACUACAGAAGUUACCGUUUUGGAGAUGCCGUGUUGUAUGUGUUAAACCCAGCAGAUAUGCUUUAUUGUUUGUGGAGGCAAGAGGGCUAAGAGCAGUUUAAGAAGAGUAUAAGUAACAACAUAUCAAGCACCAGUGCUUAAAAAAGAGAACAGUCUCGCUAUAGCUGAUGGAGAGAAAAUAGCUGCAAGGGCUGUGUGUGUGUGCAUGUGUGUGUGUGUGUGUGUGUGUGUGCGUGCGCAUGUGUGUGUGUGUGUGUGUGUGUGUGUGUGUGUGAGCGUGUGUAUAUGUGUGUGAGUGUGUGACAGAGAGCAUGUGUGUUUGGGGGUGGGGGUUAAGGAGGUAUAAGGAGGUCGCCAGGAGAAACCAGAUCCCCUCGGCCUCGCGCUCAAAAGUUUGAUUUGCGUCUCAGAAUUUUCCCAGGCGGGACAUGAGAACAGUUUAUUAAUAGCAGUAGUCUCAGCUUCUCUCUCUCUCUCUGCCUCUUAUCUCCCUCUCUCUCUCUCUCAUCUCAUUUCUUUCUCCUUCUCCUUCUGUUCACUCUUGUUCCUUUGCUCCUUCAGCUUGGCUUGCCGCACUCUUUUGCCUGAUUCUCUUCUUUCUUUCUGUCUGUCUCUGAUGGUUUUCUUCCCUCCCUUUUCAGCUAACUCCUUCUAUCACUCCUUGUUUUUGGUUUCUUGUGGGUCUGCAGUUUAGCUUUUCUUGCUCUGUUUCUGUAUCCCUUCUUCUUGCUCCAUGUUCCUCUCUCCCCACCCUCUGUCUGCUGGUGUCUGCUAGCCCUGUGUGAGCUCAGUAGGCUACAUGUCUGCUGGCCGUUGGUGCAGGUAGAUGUGCCGUAUGGUAGGAUGGGUAAAACGGAGUUCUAUUCUCUCUAUAAGAACUUUCUGGACUGUCUCUGCCACUGCCUGUGUCGGAGUGAGAGUCCCUCAGUGAAGGAUGACAACCACGGUCACCUGGUUUACCAGAAUGGAGAUGUGCUUCAGGAGAGAUAUGAGAUCGAGGGCAGUCUGGGUGAGGGCACCUUUGGAAAGGUUGUUCAGUGUUUAGACCACAGCAAGACUGGACGGCGAGUGGCGCUGAAGAUCAUCAGGAACGUGGAGAAGUACAAGGAGGCGGCUCAUCUGGAGAUCAACGUCUUGGAGAGGAUCAAUGCCCAAGACCCAGACCACAAACAUUUUUGUGUGCAGAUGCUGGACUGGUUCGACUACCAUGGUCACAUGUGUAUCAGCUUUGAGCUGCUGUCUCUCAGCACGUUUGACUUCAUGAAGCAGAAUCAUUACCUGCCCUACCCUGUCAAUCAGAUACGUCACAUGGCCCAGCAGAUCUGCCUCGCCGUGCAGUUUCUCCAUGACAACAAGCUGACACACACCGACCUGAAACCAGAGAACAUCUUGUUUGUGAAUCCGGACUUCUCUGUCACGUACAACCCUGAGAAGAAGCGGGAGGAGCGGACCAUUAAGGACACAUCGGUGAGACUGGUGGAUUUUGGCAGCGCCACUUUUGACCAUGAACACCACAGCACCAUCGUCUCCACCCGACACUACAGAGCCCCGGAGGUUAUACUGGAGCUGGGUUGGAGCCACCCGUGUGAUGUGUGGAGCAUUGGCUGCAUUCUAUUUGAGUAUUAUCAAGGGUACACCCUUUACCAGGUACAGACUCAUGAUAACAGAGAGCACUUGGCCAUGAUGCAGAGAAUACAGGGACCACUCCCCUCUAGAAUGAUCCGUAGGACCAGAAAGCAGAAGUAUUUUGUUCGUGGGAAGCUAUUUUGGGAUGAGAACUCCUCAGCUGGAAGAUAUGUCAGGGAGAACUGCAGAGCCCUCAAAAAGUACAUGCUGUCAGACUCGGAGGAGCAUGAGCAGCUGGUGGAUCUGCUGGGCCGGCUUAUGGAGUACGAGCCGUCCAAACGCAUCUCUCUCUCGGCCUCUCUCCGCCACCCCUUCUUCUCGGCCCUCACGCCUAGCCUCUCGGCCUACAGCUGGGUGUGGGCGAGCAGCAUGGACAUCAGCAGAUGAGACACACACACACACACACAUGCACACACUGUCUCUCUCUCUCUCCCACACACACACACACACACAUAUAUAAACACACACACACACAUACACACACACACACACACACACACACACACAAACACGCUGAACACAUCUGAGGCUUGUUGUGAUCUUGUGAUCUCUGCUGGCAAGAGGUUUAACUGAUGACAUCACCACUAAGAAGCGUGAGUUGGGCAGCCUACUUCAGCAUGUCCCCCUAGGGCUCCGCCCUCUCGGUGUGUUUCAUAGUGAGCAGGACUCUCUGAUUCGUCAAUGACAUUUGAUUGACAGCUCUUGUUCUGUGCAGAGGCAUAGUGAAGAGCCUAGCUAUGUAUCAAUAUUGCUUUAAUUUUGUAAUGAUGGGGUUGUAAGUAAACUGUAGCUGUAAGGCACACACACACACACACACACACACACACACACACACACACACACACACACACACUUCGACCAUGGAUUAUUUUGGUGUACUGCAUAUUAUUUUUUUUAACACUAACUCCAGAAUUAAGACAGUAAGUGGUAAUGUCAUUCCUCAGACACACGACAGGCAUGCUCACACAUUGAGCUGUUUUUGCACUGAUGCCUCAGUCAUCUGACACAUUUGAAUUCUUCAAUAAAAACAAUCGCUUUUC